AUGGCCGUAGCGUCUGUUUCGCGUAGUAUCGUGAAGAAGGUUUUGGCCGUUGAGACUCCUGAGGGCGCGGGAGCACUCGUUCGGCGUAGCAUUGGCUCCAUGACCCUAAGGAACCUGUCUCCCUUCCUGAUGCUAGAUCACUUCCAGAUCUCAAAAGGAGCUGGUUUCCCCGAUCAUCCUCAUCGCGGUCAAGCCACGGUGACCUACAUGCUCGAAGGAACAAGCCGGCAUGAGGACUCUGCUGGGCACAAGGGAACAAUCGAAACGGGAGGCGUACAAUGGAUGUGUGCAGGCAAGGGUAUCAUACACGCCGAAAUGCCUGUGCAUGAAGAAGGUCUUCCUGACCCUCGGGGAAUGCAACUCUGGAUUGAUCUGCCCAAAGAAUACAAAAUGGUCGACCCCAUGUACCAGGAAUUAGGACCAAAGGAAAUCCCAUCUGCCUAUCCUGAAGGUCUCGAUGGUCCUGUCAAGAUCAAGGUUAUAUCAGGCAAGAGUCAUGGCGUGGAAUCGCCCGUAAGGCACCUCGGAGGAUGCUGGUACUUUCACCUCAGUUUCAGUAAGAAGGGUAUCACCGUCUUCCAAGACAUACCAGAAGGAUGGACUGCUUUCAUUUACAUUUGGAAGGGGUCUGUAAUCGUUGGAAAUGAUAUUAUACCAGCUGAAUCAUUCCACACACUCGUCUUAUCUGCGAACAAAGGCGAAACCGGGGUCAAAAUGGUAUCCGGAGACGACGAUACACAAUUCAUCCUUGUCGCCGGUGAACCUCUCGAUCAAACAGUCUUCCAGUACGGUCCCUUUGUCAUGACCACCCGGGAGGAGAUUCAAAAGACAUUAAUGGACUACCAAAUGGGUAGGAAUGGAUUCGAGAAGGCACAUACCUGGCAAAGUGAGAUCGGGAAACAGUAA